AUAGAAAAACUUGUGUUAGUGGGAUGACGUUCUUUUGCAUUUGGUUGGAUAGUCCUAAAUGCCAACAGUCAACAUGUCCGUUUAGAAAUCAAACUGACCGAAUUCUAAACAUUGAUUUCAUGAUAGAGUAGGCUUAAUAAAAUUUCCUCGUUAAUAAAUUCAUUCUCCAUUUUGUACUGUUGCAGGGAUGCCGGGUGUAGGGCGCCGCCCAGCGCCCAAACCUUGCGGAGGCGGGCGGCCGCGGGUGCGUAUAAAAGCGGGCUCUCGCGGGCGGCACGGCACAACGCGCUUCGACCACCGCCAACCGACAACCCCCGCAUCCGCCUACACUCCACAUAAGGUACUAACACCAAGAUGCGUGGAGCCGGCGGAGUGCUUGUCAUAGCCGUGGCUGCUAUUAUUGCGUGCUGUGGCGCCGAUUCUCACCAGGAAUCUGACAUGAGCGCCGGGGAGAGCCCCGGGGAACAUUACGACGCCGGACCGUUAAAAGAGGAAUAUGAUCUCUUACGUCUUCUACAAAACUAUCAAAACACCCUGGGAGAAUCGGGGUUUGUUGAUAAUAUUGAGAAACCUAUGAAAAGGAGAGGAAUCGGUAUUGCAUUGAGUAGGCCUGGCGCUUGGGGAUGGGGGUCAAGGUAUCCGAGGUACGGUGAGAGUACAUUCCAGCGUAGAAAUGUCCAUGGAACUGGCGCUAUCAAUAGUAUUGGAGGAUCAUCUCUGAUAGGCAGGCUGGCAGGUGAUCGACUUGGGCCAAUGGGCGGUAAUUCUGAAGAUAACGAUGCUAUGUCUAGCUCGGUGAGAGGAGAGUUUGUGCCUAACAGGGAUUUAGCGGGAGCGACACAGUUUCUCAGGAAUCUUGAUCCGAUUGGUGGUGGGAAUUUUGUGAAGAAGAAUCUGGAUCAUAUUGGAGGACCUAACCUGGUCAAGAAGACUUUGGAUUCUUUAGGAGGCGGCAAUCUUGUAAGGAGUUUCGACCCCGUGUUCAGUCGCUACAUACGACAGCUAGAUUCCAUCGGAGGUGGAAACCUUGUUUAAUCAUUACAGUUUGAUGUUGUUGUUUGCGAUAACUUACAAUUAACAUUACCUUCUCUCUUAAUACAACAGAAUUAAAUGUGAUAAUCUACGGUCUUAUUUAAAUUUAUCGUGGUUUACCUCCUAUUGGUGUUGUGAGUUUAAAAUAAAUUAGUAGCUGUGUUGACUCCUA